CUGUCUGUACGUACGUGACGCCAGUGACGCCGUGUCCUGUUGAGUGAGCCGCGCUGGGCCAGUAGUGCCUGUGUAUGCUGUCGCGAUUCAGUUCAGUAUAAUUGGUAAAUAAACAUCGAAAAUGUCCACAGCACCGCACAGUAAGAAGCGGGUCUGCUACUACUACGACAGUGAUAUUGGAAACUAUUACUAUGGCCAAGGACAUCCCAUGAAACCGCAUCGCAUAAGGAUGACCCAUAAUUUGUUACUUAAUUAUGGACUGUACAGAAAGAUGGAAAUUUAUCGACCACACAAAGCUACCGCCGAUGAAAUGACCAAGUUUCACAGCGACGAGUAUAUCAGGUUCCUCAGAUCAAUCAGGCCCGACAAUAUGUCUGAAUACAACAAACAAAUGCAACGCUUCAAUGUGGGUGAAGAUUGUCCGGUGUUUGACGGCUUGUACGAGUUUUGCCAGCUAUCAGCAGGAGGCUCAGUAGCGGCUGCAGUCAAGUUGAACAAACAGGCAUCAGAAAUUUGCAUAAAUUGGGGAGGCGGGCUGCAUCAUGCCAAGAAAAGCGAGGCCUCUGGGUUUUGCUAUGUCAACGACAUAGUCCUCGGUAUUUUAGAAUUGCUCAAGUAUCAUCAGAGAGUAUUAUAUAUUGACAUAGAUGUUCACCACGGCGACGGCGUUGAAGAAGCCUUUUACACAACUGAUAGGGUAAUGACAGUAUCGUUUCACAAAUAUGGAGAAUAUUUCCCUGGCACUGGUGACCUUCGAGAUAUUGGUGCCGGAAAGGGUAAGUACUACGCAGUCAAUAUUCCUCUGAGGGAUGGCAUGGAUGAUGAAAGUUACGAAUCGAUAUUUGUACCAAUAAUAUCGAAAGUUAUGGAGACGUUUCAACCGUCUGCAGUUGUUCUGCAAUGUGGUGCUGAUUCGUUAACAGGUGACAGACUUGGCUGCUUCAAUCUAACGGUCCGAGGACAUGGCAAAUGCGUCGAGUUUGUUAAAAAGUACAAUUUACCGUUCCUCAUGGUAGGUGGCGGUGGGUACACCAUCCGUAACGUUUCUAGGUGUUGGACAUAUGAAACAUCAGUAGCUUUGGGAUCAGAAAUAGCCAAUGAACUGCCCUACAAUGAUUACUUUGAAUAUUUCGGUCCCGACUUCAAACUGCACAUAAGUCCCUCUAAUAUGGCGAACCAGAAUACACCUGAAUAUCUGGAGAAAAUCAAAACGAGAUUAUUCGAAAAUUUGAGGAUGCUACCUCACGCACCAGGGGUUCAAGUUCAGGCCAUUCCUGAAGAUGGCGCCAUUGUCGAGGACUCUGAAGCCGACGAGAAAGUAAACCCAGACGAAAGACUGCCGCAGAGAGAUUUAGACAAACGAAUACAGCACGAAAAUGAGUAUAGCGAUAGCGAAGACGAGGGAGAUGGUGGGAGAAGGGAUAACAGAUCAUUCAAGGGCUCCAGAAAAAGGCCGCGACUCGAGAAAGGGCAAGAAAGCGGUGAUUCAGAUUUGAAAAAAGAAGAUGAUAUCAAAUCAGAGAUAAAAGAGAACGAGAAAGAUGACAAAGCCAACGUAACGAGCGAAGAGGUAAAGAAAGACGGAAGUGUGAAUCCCUGAUAAGAAAAUCCGCUCGGUUAAGUGAACGAUUGAAUAUCUAUCCAAUUCAAGUCUCGAUAGGUUAGGAAUCACAAUUGAAAAGAGGAAAAGAAGAAGUACAGAAGCAAGCAAAAAGAAAUGUGAAUCUAAAACUGAAGGACUGCGAGAUAAAAUGUGAGACGUAACAUGACAACGUAACAUUUUAUUUCGUGUUUUUUUUUUCUCUUUCACAUAAAAAGUGUACAGAUUAUUUAACAACAGUGUUUGCACGUAAUUUUAAUAAUGAUAUUACUGCCAUUUAUGGUAAACGCAUUCAAGCUCUGUAUGUCUGAAUGUAUACCACCACGUAAUAUUGUGUUUUAAAGUCGGACGCUACAAGGUCGAUUAAAUGGAACGAUAGAAAAAAAUUAAUUAUGUCCUGAACAAGUCAAGACCAUUUAUAGAUUUAGAUACACAUAUUUGUAACAGUUUGUCCAUACGUCAGCUUCUUAAAUAUGCAAAAAAUUAAUUACGAAAAAAUACAUAUUCGAGUCUUUGAAAUUUCUCCAUUAUAAGCUUUGAUAGAUUGCAGCAGUGCUGAUCUUGAUCGUACGUAUCACUGGCUUAAAAAGAGAAAAAAUAGUAACAACAUUUGAACAAACGUUAUUUUGUAGGUACACAUUUAAUAUAAUGGAAAAUAUCGUUCCCGUGUCACUUUGUAUAAAGCAGGAUAAGUUCAGCAAAAAAAAAAAAACCGACUACUAAAAAAUUUGUGAAGAAGAUUCGGGCUAGUUUCAUGUCACCUUCGGUUUUUGGUGUAAUGAAAUUUUACGAAUUUAUCAUACCUGUUAGGAUAUACGAUUAUCAAUUACUGUCGAUUUGGUUAUGAUACUAGCAUUUCUAUAAACAGUAGUUGGUUGAGACACAACAGAAUUUCUUGUGCGAUCACUUAUCAAGAAAUGAAAUAUCAAAUCUGAAUAAAUUUAAAUGAAACUGAUUUCUCUGGAAUUGAAUUUACUGGAAAAUCAUGCUGAUCGGAAAAAUUAAAUUACACUCAUGACGUUUUGUUUCUCGUCAACUUGAGAAAUGUACCAAAAGUCUAGGGACGUUGAUAAAUCUACUAAAAUUUCUACACGGUUUUCACGAAUUGGUUUCGACUUUUUAUAGUUUUUCAGUCGUUUUACUGCUUAAAAAUUAGGUGAUGAUAAUUAUUUGAAUUGAUGUAUCAAAUUUCCAUUUGUAAACUAGUUUUCUGUAUGAUUGGAUUUUGUCGUUUGUCUUCAUACUGAUUAAAAUCAUUUGUGAAUGAGCCAUCUCAUUACUUGGCUAAAGCGCGCAAUCAAUAGUGAAUAAUACUAUAAAUAACGAUACAAGAAUUUCUUCCUCUCACUGUACAUAGUAUAUUAGAUCAACCUGAUAUGAAGAAGAAAAAUAUUUUACGCAAUAAAGUUUCUCCUAUGCGUAAAGGUAUAUUACUUUUCUGGAACUGAAAGAAGAGAAAUGAAGAAAGGAUGAUAAUUUUGUUUUAUUCAAUUAAAAAAUAUGAAUACGUAGAUGACGAUAAUGUGCUUAGACGAUCUCUGCUUGCAAGUAAAUUAAAUGUUUUCCUAGACUAAUUCAAUUACGAUUAUAGACAGCACUACGAUGAUCGCAAUCUCGUUAUUCUUGCAAUUGUAAUUAUUACCGUGCGUAAGUAGAAACUCAAAGUCUCGACGGAAACAAGGAAUAUGGAAUUAUCGUAUGUAAAAAGAAGAAAGAGAUUCUAGUAUCAUUUUCUUGCACUAUGCACCUUACAGGCUACCAAUAUAUUAUUCGUAAAAAUCAGUGAAGGAAUCGUUUUUAUUUCUCACAGGAAAUUUGCUGUUUACAACUUACAGCUGAUUGAAAUUGGCCAAUUUGCUAGGAUCCGAUAGCUCCAAACAGAGUUGGCCAUUACUCAUGCGCCCGGCAGCCGUCCUGAAUCAUCAGAUGCUAGAUUGGUCAGUUUUAACUAGUUGAAAUUCGCAAACAACAAACAUCCUAUCAAGAUUUUUAUGAAGACCUCAUUGGUAGCCUACAAGGCGAUAGUUCUGGGCAACCCUGUAUAUUUCAUAUUGUCAAGCUGCUACUAUCCUAGUUUUGAGAAGAUUUUUAGCGAGUGCUUAGUAUAGGUAACCAAAUUCACCAACGUAUACGAAACAGCAAUGUACGUCGCGUAAAAUAUGUUUUGGUACGUUUUGGUGCACUUUGGUACCAUACACCAGCUGCGAGCAAAAAUCGCCCUCAAAGAGACCGAAUAGAUAUUUUGACGAUUUGGGUAUCGCCCUUUGACCUCUUGAGAAUAAAAUACAAUUACUACCUUAAUGUGAAAAAAAAAAUGAAUUGAUGUAAUAUGAAAAAAAAUUUCUCGGAUACGAAUGACUAUGUUUAUUUGUAUUCAAGUGUAAA